UAGAAAUCCAUUGGGGUCUCCCCGCGCAGGUUCGAAUCCUGCCGACAACGAAUCGUUUUCCGUUCUGGAACUUAAAUCAACCAGCAAACCGGAAGUGUUAGGUCAGCUUCCAGAGCACGGAUAGCAAAGAAAUGAUCCACGCGUUUCUAUGGUAACAAACGUGGCGCUCUCCAGCGGAUAAUCAUGGCGGAUGAUCUGGAUGAGUUACUUGAUGAAGUCGAAUCAAAGUUUUGUUGCAGCACGUCUGCGUCCAAACAAUCAACUUACGCUUUAAAACAAACGGACCAAAAAUGUGUGAACCCCGAGGACAAGACACAGUCGAGAAAACAAGGAUACAAAAAAGCUCGAGAUGACUGUGAUAUUGACGCUAUGCUGCAGGAAAUACUGGAUGAUGAUUAUCAGCCCACCAGCACGCACGAAUCCAUUGCAGCAAAGACUUCCAGAAGUGAUGCAUGUUCUCAGACAAUGUCCAAGAAAUGUUGUCCUGUGUUUCUUGGUGGAAGUUCUGUACCACACGGUAUUGGAACCAGCGUUUCACAAAGGGCCUGCAACCGUUUAAGAUGCACAUCUUGCGAUUUCAGUGUAAUCAUGUUUGAAGAUCAGGAAUGGGACUCUUCUUGUGACUAUUUAUUUUUCAGGAAUAACAUGCCGGACCAUCACAAACUAAAAGCCAAACUGAGAAGGAAAAAGGAUGGGCGUGCGUACGCCUGUCAGUGUAGCUGGCACUCAGCCAUGUCGCUCUCUGACCUGAGGGAACAACAGCAGCUUAAGUGGGUUUGUGGCAAACACAAAGUAUGAGCACGAGUCUGCAACAGCUCUCCUCUGAAAUCUUAGCUGUGUCCACCAGCAAGUGUUGCAUGCUCUCCUCCUCACAAAAGAGAAUGCUGGCCAUUUUCAAAAUUUGCUUUGUGCAGUUUGUGGAGCUGGAUAACAAAAAUAAGUUGUUAGUUGAAUAAGAGUUUUUGUUUUUGUGUGACGUAAAUGUGAGUCUCUUUGACGACGCUACAUUCUCCCUUAGAAUGAUGAAGCACUGUGGCUGGUUUAUAUUAUGAAGACUCUAUUGUUUUGAAAAAUGAAAGGCUUUAACAUAUACAAAUAUUCUAAAUACACAUGCAAAUGUUUAGAUAUUUUGCACUGUUGGAAAUUAAAAAAGAAUGAGAUUGGAUGUUAAUAAUAGAAUGGUUGUUUAUAGUUUAUUAUAAAAUAGACAACGUAAAAAAAAAAUCUGUUCGUCCAGAAUAUUACUUAAGAAACACUCAGGUAUUGCAAGGGCCCGUCUGUGUUACAUUCCAUGGUUUUCAGGGACGUGAUGUUGUGAACUGUCUGUCCUAAAUAAUAAAUGCACAUCAUUAUCCACAGAAUAAAUAUAAUCAAGAAUUAAAA